AUGUCAAAUUGGAAUAGUGGACCUUACCCAGCAGAUCCCAACCAAGCCUACUAUGCAGGCCAACCAGGCUAUCCACCGCAACAAGGGGGCUAUCCGCCGCCGCAGGGAGGCUUUCCCCCCCAGGGGGGCUAUCCUCCCCAACAAGGGGGCUACCCUGGCCCGGCUCCUGGAUUCCAGCCGCCGCCGUAUGCCAGCAAUGAUCCUUAUAGUGCAGGUGAACAUGUUCCCUUCUCUAGCUCACCGGCUGGAAACUAUGGCGGGGCAGCCUACCCCGAGGACCCCGAAGUCAAGGGUUUCGACUUCAGCGACGCCAGCAUCAGGCGCGGCUUCAUCCGCAAAGUCUACGCCAUCCUCUCCUGCCAGCUGGCCAUCACGGUGGCCUUCAUCUGCUGGUUCCUCUAUCACUUGCCCACGAAGAGGUACGUUCAGAGCCAUCCAGCGCUCUUCUUCGUGUCUCUGGCUAUGGUGAUCAUCGCGCUGAUUUGCCUGGCUUGCUGCGGCGAGGUGCGCAGAAAGGCACCGAUGAAUUUCAUUUUUUUGUUCAUUUUCACGUUGGCUGAGUCUUUUAUGUUGGCUGCGGCAGCUUCGACUUAUGACGCGCAGGCUGUCGUUAUGGCUGCCGGGAUCACGGCUGCGGUUUGCUUUGGGCUGACGCUCUUCGCGUUCCAGACCAAGUGGGAUUUCACGGUGAUGGGGGGUAUUUUGUUCGUUGCCGUGCUCAUUCUGUUUAUUUUCGGUAUCGUGGCCAUUAUCGUGAAAAAUCAGAUUGUGCAGAUGAUUUAUGCGUCGUUAGGGGCGCUGAUUUUCUCUGUUUACUUGGUUUAUGAUACGCAGUUGAUGAUGGGAGGGCAGCACAAGUAUUCCAUUUCGCCUGAGGAGUAUAUUUUCGCGGCUAUUAAUUUGUAUGUGGAUAUUAUUAAUAUUUUUAUGUACAUCUUGGCUAUUAUUGGGCAUGCUAGGGACUAG